GACAGCUCGACUGGUUUUCUUUUCCUCCUCUCUGUUUACCUCACCUAGUAAAAAUGGACCGUGAAAUAAUACAUUUUUAAGACGUUCAACGGCAACAACCAGAAACAAGAUCCACUUCAGAACUAAGGAAAUAGAUUUCAGAAGCAAACAUGGACGAAAUGGAAACUUCUGUGUUGUUUCUUAUCUCGUACUACUAAUUAUUAUCCAUGAUCGAGAAAACAGCUUGCUUGUUUCUGUGAUUAUCACUAGAAGUUUGUAAUUCUGUGAAGACAGGCAUGCAGCACAACAUCAGCAGUACUUCUUCGUUGCCUGGAGUGGGGCUGUGUGGACCCGGAGUAGAUGAAGGUGAAGACCUGUGGAACCGGAGCACCGGGACCCAACGUAACCUCUCUCUGAGAUGCUGGCUCCAGCUGUUGUCUAAAGAAGCCAUGCCAGAGCUGUAUGGUGACACCUCGAGUAUGGCCAUGCGCGUCGUAAUCGCACUCGUCUAUCUGGUGGUGUGUGCUCUCGGUCUGGUAGGGAACUUGCUGGCACUGUAUCUGCUCAAAUCUCGGCACCGGCUCAAGCAAUCAUCCAUAAACUGUUUUGUCAUGAGCUUGGCUAUAACGGACCUGCAGUUUGUACUGACACUUCCCUUCUGGGCUGUGGACACGGCGUUGGACUUUCGCUGGCCAUUUGGCAAGGUCAUGUGCAAGAUUAUCAGCUCAGUCACUACCAUGAAUAUGUAUGCCAGUGUGUUCUUCCUGACAGCUAUGAGUGUGGCGCGUUACUGUUCUCUGGCCUCGUCCCUACGCAUGCACAGCCCCAAGAUGGCAUCGACCGAGGUGAAAUGGGCAAGUGUGGCCAUCUGGCUCGUGUCUCUGCUGGCAACGCUGCCUCAUGCUGUCUACUCCACCACGGCACAAGUGUCAGAUGAUGAACUUUGCCUUGUACGCUUCUCAGACAUGGGAAACUGGGAUCCACAGCUUUUGCUGGGUCUCUAUCAGACACAAAAAGUGCUCCUGGGUUUUGUGAUUCCACUGAUUAUUAUCUGUGUUUGCUACCUACUUCUGCUGCGCUUCGUGUUGCAAAGACGAGUUAGCGGGAUCCCCGGCUCAGACAGUGAACGAGGGAGGCACAAGCGCCGUUCCAAAGUCACCAGAUCUGUCACCAUUGUGGUACUGUCAUUCUUCCUAUGCUGGCUGCCCAACCAGGCACUGACACUUUGGGGGGUCUUAAUCAAGUUCGACUUGGUGCCAUUUAGCAAGGCCUUCUAUAAUGCCCAGGCCUACGCUUUCCCCAUUACUGUGUGCCUCGCACACACCAAUAGCUGUCUCAAUCCAGUGCUUUACUGUCUCAUCCGGCAGGAGUAUCGCGCCAGUCUCAAGAAGCUAUUGCUGAGAGCCACGCCGUCCUUACGCAACCUGACCAAUUUAGUGCGCAGGAAUAAGAAGGUCGCCGAUGUUCCACCUGGCCUGGCUGUCGUGCAGAUGGAUGCUGGACUGUGAAGUAGUCCAUGGAACCAUAUGGGACAUGUAGUCAUCCCAGAUCAUCAUACCAGUUUUGUAAUGGCACCCAGCAAGUUAUGAUUGGACUAAUACUUCUGGGGUCCAUGAAACUGGACUCUAAACCGACCAGCAGGACUUUCAUCAGAAUUGUAGUAUUUAAAGGUGGUCUGCUUUUUGAUUCAGGAACUCUGUCUGUUUGUUAUCUACUGUUUGGUUUCUGUUUGGCUCUGUCCAAAACGCUGGGGUUCAUGUGUCAAGCUUGUUCAUUUUUGUCUUUGCUAUAGCUCUGGAAAUACAGAGAUGAUGUCUGAUGUCCUUUUGUUUUUAAGAAUCAUAACUGAUUAUCGAACAUUGAAUAGAAGAAAAUGGUCAAAACUCAAGACUUUCAUCGAAGGAAACCGAUAAAAACAAUAACAUAAGACUCAAUAGCUUACCUGCAGUAAGAAUUACUUUCUCCAGGCUUUUUUACUGUACAAUGCCCAGUGUGAUACCUCAGGCUUAUAUAAUUAUAUUGUCAUUUUAUUUCAUUUUUGCAGGAUGGAGUCAAAUAAAUAUUACACAAAGGACCAUAUGUACCCACCUGCAUGUGAUAAAAUAGAAAUGACCGUAAUGAAAAUGCACUGUGCACAGCCAUGAUUUGAAUUAUAUACAUAAUAUAAUGUGUACUGUGAAAUAAAAAUUUGUAGGUCAUUCUGAAUCUGAAACUGUCUUAAAAGCAUUUUGAUUAAAAGGGAUGCGGCAAGUGUUUGUAACAAGUUAAUCAGCUUUACGCAUCUAAAAUAUAUAUACUGUGGCUGCAAGUAUGGAAUUAUAUUCAGUGCUAAAGGAAAUGAACGUUCGUCCAAACAGUCCUUGAGCACAUGAAUCUGAGUCCCAGAUAUCAAUGAUGGGUUAAUUUUUCAAUGUGUAUGACUGCAUGUGUAAUUCUCGCAAGGGAAAUAGUGUCAUGUCCGUUUAUUGUGAAUGUCGUCCUGACCGUUGUGUUGGUGAGGAUAUUCAGUAAGGCUUUGCAUUAAGGUUCCCUUAACUGACAUUAUUUAACAGAUUAUUUUACAUGAAAAGACCAAUAACACUUGUUAUUGAUGGUUCUUUUUUUCUUAUAUAUUUUUUUUAAUCUAAUAAUAAUAAACCUAAAUGAACUUGUCUUCCGUUGUUAACUGGCUAAUUUCAGAACUGAGGCUGAAAAACACAUUCUAAUAUUUACACCCUUGGAGAACAGAGUGCAGUAUAUAAACAUAAUUUUUUUUUACAUUAUUUAUUUUUUUAUUGACUGAUUUUAAACAUCAAUACAUACACAUAAUACGUGACUUUUAAUACAUUAAUUUUGUUACUUCGUUAACAUUACGAAUUAUUUAAUUAAUAUCAAGUAUGUUGAAUGGCAAGUUGACAUUUGUUGAUGCUUAUUAAUGCAGUACAUGUUAGUUUAGGGAACCUUAAUGCUAAGUGUUAUCAGUAUUUAUAUAUAAAUUAUUAAUGCA